AUGGUAAUCAUUUGUUCCAGCCGAUUUGGCCGUAUCAUGAAUCACUCUAGCUUUGCGCAUUACGCGCAUGCUUGUCGCCACUCUCCGCACGGCACUCAUGAUCGAUGCGUCGUUGGGCAUGUGCUGCAUUGGCACUGGACUCUCGCGCUGCCCGCUGUAUCCCUUCGGAAGGUCCUGCAGAAGCCUCGCAAGGGCGGCUCCACGAUCACCAUCGGCAAGAAGGGCGAGUGGCCCACCACGCUCUGGGAGGACGGCCGGCAGAGGCAGGACUACUCCAGCCUGAAGAUGGGCGGCGGGGACCACUGCUUCGCAUCCAAGGGGCCCAGAAGGGCCGAGAUCCACUUCGAGUGCGCGCCGAAGCCGGCCCUCCUGGCCGUGCAGGAGGCCCAAGUCUGCGUCUACGCGUUCCGCAUGGCGACUCCCGCAGCUUGUCAUCCGCUACACCACGCAGACUGA